AUGAGCAAAAGUAAGUGUGCCUGCAACAGGAGAUCAUGGUUCCGAAGGGUAUCCGAGCGUGAGGUGGUUAUGGGAUUGAUUAUAGCUAAUGUUGCCGUGUUUAUGUUAUGGAAGAUUGCAGAUGAUAGCUUCAUGGUGAAGAAUUUUACCAUUUCAUUAGACAAUUUCACAAGUGGACGUUUGCACACAUUGAUAACUUGUGCAUUCAGUCAUAUCGAUGCUGGGCAUGUCACUUCGAACAUGCUUGGACUAUAUGUUUUUGGGAUGCGUAUUGGAAGAAUUUUUGGGCCUGAGUUUUUUUUAAAGUUGUAUCUAGCUGGGGCUGUUGGUGGCUCGGUCUUCUUCUUGGUGCACAAAGCCUACCUGGCUGCGUCAUCGAAGGGCGGACAACCGAUGAAGAAGGACCCAUCAAAGAUACCGGGACUGGGCGCAAGUGGGGCGGUUACUGCGAUCAUGUUGCUUGAUAUAUUCCUCUUCCCAAAAUCCACCAUCUACAUGGAGUUUAUCCUACCAGUUCCUGCCAUGCUGAUGGGGAUCUAUAUGAUUGCGAAAGAUCUUAUGAGGAUAAUACGGGGAGACCAACAUAUCUCAGGAUCUGCGCACUUGGGGGGUGCUGCAGUUGCAGCCAUAGCCUGGGCUCGAAUUCGGAGGGGACGUUUCUGA